AGCCCACAUAUACCAAUUUGACAAAGAAAAGUAAACAACAAUGCCGAUCUAUUCAUCCUCGUCGGACUCCGAAAACGACGCCGCACCACCAUCAAGAACCGGGCAGCAUGCAGUAAGGUUGUUUGGGCGACAGAGGCCUGUACAUGCCGUUCUUGGAGGAGGAAAAGUUGCAGACAUCUUGUUAUGGAAGAACAAAACAGUUUCAGCCUCGCUCUUGAUAGGCAUGACAGUGAUAUGGUUUCUUUUUGAGGUUGUUGAGUACAAUUUCGUGACGCUUCUUUGUCACAUCUCCAUCACAACAAUGCUUGCAUCCUUCAUAUGGUGCCGGGCUGCUGAAUUUUUCAACUGGAAAAAACCCAAUAUCCCUGAGAUGAUAUUAAGCGAAUCGGCAUUCAGAGAAGUAGCUUCAAGCUUCAGAGCAAGAUACAAUUAUUUGGCAAUAAGGCUCGUGGACAUUGCACAUGGAAAAGAUCCAGCACUCUUCAUUCUGGCAAUAAGUGUUCUCUACAUAUUGUCCGUGAUUGGAACCUGUUUUAGCUUCCUAAAUCUCCUUUAUCUUGGUAUAAUCUGCUUGGAAACGUUGCCAUUUCUGUAUGAUCGAUACGAGGACGAUGUUGAUUAUUUUCUUGCGAACAAAGGGACGCGUAAACUGAAGAAAUUGUUCAGAAGGUUCAAUUCUUUGGUCCUGAAAAAGAUUCCAAGAGGGCCAGUGAAAGAAAAUUAAUUUGUUAAAUCUGAUAAAAGUUUAUUAUAUGUAAGUAACAUUUCAAUGUUAUGUGUUAAGUAUUCAGAUAAUGUGCUAUUAUAUGAUUAGGUAACACAUUAUCUUUAUA